CUCACUGUGACUUACUGUGACCUGUGACCCGCCAAUGUGGAUGCAGCCGGGCGCGGUUAGGGCACAGGCGUCGGGACCAAUCGCGAGCGACGACGGCGCCGCCGAAAAUCUUUGGCGGAGUCGCUGUUUUGCUUUUCUUGCUCGCCCUUCCCACCUCCGCCUUUGCUUCCUCACCACCCUCUCUGCUCUUCCCCAUCCGCAAUGCUCUCCCGCUCUGCUCUCCGUCAGACCGCCCGCGUCGGUGUCGCCGUCGCGGCCAAGCGCGUCACCCCCGCCGUCAUCCGUUCCUCCGUCUGCCUGAAGCGUGGAUACGCCGAUGCUAAGGCCGGCCCCACCGAGGUUUCUUCCAUUCUCGAGGAGAGAAUAAGAGGUGUUUCCGCCGAUACCAACCUUGCCGAGACUGGACGUGUCUUGUCCGUCGGGUUAGUACUCCUACAACUUUCUCUCAUCCCAUCACAUUCGAAAUUGUCUUCCUUUGCUUUCUGUCGUUGAUUUUGGAGAAACCGAAUUCGUGAUUUCGGGGACGU